AUGUCUGUACAACAUGGCACCAUACCUCCACGAAGCCAUAUACGGCAAAUUGCCAACGCUCUUCUGUCCGAACGUGGCAGCACCCCUGCCCAAACGGUUGGGCAAAACUGGGUGACGAAUUUCAUAAAGCGGCGGGCAGAGCUCCAGGUGUUAUAUCCUCAACGGAUAUCUCGGCGAUAUAUAGACCGUCCGUCUGAUGGCGGAGAGGCCACGGCAAUGGAAGAACUUCAUGGCGGCGUUCGGACAGGAAGCCAGCCAGGAAACCAUCCUAUGCGUGUGACGCUCCAGAGACUCACCAAAAUUGAAAAGCACAUCGCCGCCAUAAGAGAACAGCUGGAAAUGCAACCGCAUAACGCUUCAUCUCCUACCCGCCUUGAACCAUUCAUCAAAGGGAUCGAGGCCAUGAUGGGAGUCUAUGUUGAUUUAAUGAAGGAGGCUGGGGAACCUCAAGCCUCUGUCCCGGGAAAUGAGGAGAGCGUGUUAUUUGAAAUUGGAACAUAA